GUUUGCAUCCCUGUGUUGAUAAAUUUCCUGUCAUUUUCCGGUCUCUUUUUGCGAGUGAAAAAUGAUGCGAAUUGUGGCCCUAAAUGAGGAUUCUCACAGUACAAGUAGUGAAGAUGCUGAACCACAAGUUACACGAGAAGCUGAAGAAACAAUAGCUGUUUCGGAAUACACACGAGCCUUGGAGUUGAAGCACAAGGGUUCCGUUGAUAUUGCUCUUAAGCUGCUCCUUGAACUACUGGAAACACAAGUUUUGUGCGAUGUGUCGCCGGAUAAUAAUAACGACAAACUCUUCUCAGUCAAGUAUAACUGUUUCCGGAACAUUGGAUUUAUCUAUGAGGAAAAGGGAGAAAAACAAGAAGCCCUGCGGUACCUUGUGUCGGCCUUCGAACUCGAUGGCACCGAUGUGUACACAUCUGUUCGCCUUGGAAGACUAGCACUGAGUCUCAACAAUAUCGAUCUUGCCAGCAUUGCAUUUCAGAAAUGUCUGGAAGUGAAUCCCAAUCACUGGUCAGCUGCCGAUGGACUUUUGGAAGUCUACUGCCGCAGUGAGAGCUUCCUUAAUGCCUACGGAUGGGCACUGCAAUGGCACAAACGGGACCCAAACUAUCAGAGAGCCAUUGAUGUUCUGGUUGAAAUACACGAGAGAUUCAAAGGAUGCAUCCCCUUCUUUGAAGAUGUCUGGAUGGGAUCUUUUGAUUAUGAUGCCUAUGUUGGCAAGAGAAGCAACACCGGCAGUGUAUUUCUCCCACCGACCACUGAUAUGGACAAGGAGGAGGAAGUUGAGCGAGAAAAGCCAGAUUUAUCACAGUACAAAGUGACAGAGUUUACCUGGCUCUCUGUAGGUGAUCUCAUUAUCAAUUUGUACGAGUUACUGAAUCAAGAUGUAGAUAACUUCCUCAAUGGAUACACAUGGAGUGAUCUAAAAGUUGUUGAGGAGUGCCAUAUAAAUGGGAUUAAUGGUGAUGGAGACUCCACGGGACCACAGCCAGAAGAUCGUACAGAAAAAAUGGACGAGGACUGUGUUAUUGUAGUGUCAGAGACUGAUGAAACGCAAGAAGGUCGAAAUGAUGCUAUGGAACCUCCUCCGGUGCCUGUAUCAAGUGACAACAGUUCAAAUCCAGUAAAGAGCGAUGACUCAGCAGAUAAACCCAAAAAACGAAGGGGGAGUGAUCUCAAGCAUCUGGAACAGUGGGGAUGGCAUAAAAGUCGAGCUAGAAAGAGAACAUCAACAGUUGCUCCUGUGGAACAAAUUGAUAAAUCCUGCACAGGCUAUCUCAAAAGGAUCUUGGCCAAGUUCUACUGUGAGUCGUUUGAUACAAAUGAGUCGCCCUUUGUGGAGACAAAGCUACCAAAGAAGGAUUCCGCGGAAAGCAUUGGAGAUGGUAAAAGGGAGAGAAAUUGUGAUUUUAAAACUCCCUCCACUGCCACAGAGGAUGAUUUUCAGAAGAGAACUACCAAGGAAUUCGAUAAAUUCGUAGGGGAGCUUGAGAAAUUUGAUUUGAUUCUCUUACUCAGCAAAUGGCUUGAGUAUAUUGCCAAGUUCUGGACACAAUCAAUCCCCCGUCCAAUUUGCGAGCAAUACCUCAAGAUUUACAAGUAUUACCUCAAUCAUUAUGAUCUUAUGGCCUGGAAUCAGUUGGAGUACACGGAAUUCCAGACAGUCUAUGAAAUGACUCUUUUCUACCUGGAGCAAGAACAUGAGAGAAUUGCCGUGAAGAAGCUCAACAAGGAAGAGUUUAGUGGGGAAUAUCGACGUCUUUUGCUACAUCUCAUGUUUCACAGUGGAUUCUAUAUGCUGGAGGAUGAGGAUCAGCACUGCCUCAAUCUCAUGCGACUCUUCUGGCUCAACUAUAUUGUGUCAAAGUACGAGAAUAACCUUGAAGUUGCAAUUGAUUUCGUCUACAAGAUCAAUGAGCUAUUCCAGGAGGAAGAGAAACGACUCAAUCUAGUCGUAGAUUUUCCCAAUAAAACUGUGGAGAAUCACAUUGACAUCGUAGUCGUGAAGGAUCUCAUUUCAUCGCUGCUGCGCACAAUAAAACUCAACAAUGUGGCAAAUCUGUACAAAGAUAACAAAUUCCGUGAGCUUACAGUAAUUCUCAAAGACAGCCUCAUCAAUUGUACCGAGGUCAAGAAUUCUGAUAACACCAUCAUGAAGAUUACAACACAAUUUGAGGUUCUUCUCGAAUCACUGUGGAAUCUUGAGGAUUUUGAAGAAUGCUUCCGAUGGUCAGAGAAAUGUCUCAAGUAUGCAGUUGAUUUCUUUCUGACAAUUCCGGAAAACUCGUAUCGCUUGAAAGAGUGGGGAGACUCUGUAAAUUUUAUUCUGAUAUACUUGGAAGCCCUUCUGAAGCAAGAGGGCAUUGACAUCCUCUGCUGCCUUGAACAGUACGAAGCAAGAUUGGUGCAGAGUCUUGUGAAGAUUGUGGCCAAUCAAUUGGAUACACCAUUUGAGAAAAACAAUACUCAAGUACACGCGAUCAAUUUCAAGAUUCCCUGGAUCCUUCUUCAUGCCUUUAUUCAGCGUGAAGAAGAUCGUCAACAUGUUGUUGCUAAAAAGACAAAAUCCUCCAGUGAGGCAUCAGAUCAGGAAGAUGAAGAGGAAACCAUGCCAAAUUCCAUUUUAAUCUUCUUCACAGCCCAUGAAUUCCUGGGUAGAAAAUUCUGGUGUACCAAGGAUGGUGGGCAAUUGAUGAUCUUCACACUCAAUAUUGUCACACCAAUCCUUAGAGCCCCAAUGCUGGAGCCUUUUCGCGAUCUGAUAAUGGAGUAUGUGGAACAAAUGACUUACUGCCUCUAUGGUUAUCCACUAAAGAGGGUUCGAUCGCGACAUAUUGAAGAGCACGAGUCUACGCAAUGUGAGCUAACCUGGGAACGUGCUAUGCAACUCUUUGAGAUCUAUCGUCCUGAUUUUCUACCAGAAUUUGAUUCUUACAAGGUGGACUCUGUUACUGCGGACCUAGAGCAACUCUUUCAGAAGAUUCUCUCACUGACCCCAAAGGACUUUAACUUCUCAUCAGCCACGAACAAAAUCAGGGAUUUUAUUAGUAGUGAUUCUACGAGUUUACCAGAAUACUCCCUCAUACCGGCCUUUCCUCAGCGAAUCUCCUCAAUUUUCUACCUCAUUGCGGAUUAUUACUUCAAAAAUCGUGACUUUUCGAAAUCAGUCCGGUUCUACGUUCAGGAUUUGGCACUUAACCCGUGUCGCUUCGAUGCAUGGGCUGGAUUGGCACUUUCGAAAGCCACUAAGCUGGAAACAAAACUCAAUUCCUGCAAUCCAUUCAACACAAAAGAGUUUUUGACUCAAUCAGCCGAUACAUUGCGAUGCUUUCAACAAUGCAUAAAAUUGAAUGAAACACACAUAGCUGUUUGGAUUGAAUAUGGAUCCUUUGCCUACACACUGCACUCGUACUGUUCGCGUAAUCUGAAACAGGCCAGUGAGACGCUGUCCAUGGAGGGAUUUGCAUUUGUUGAAGAUCGCAAAGAGCAAUGCAUUAAGAUAUCGUAUGACUGCUUUCAUACGGUUGAAAUGCUGAAACAUGUUGAUGAAAUGAAGGGCAAUUCGGAGGAGUCACACGACGAAAAGUGGCUCUAUCACUACAUGCUGGGGAAGGUGGCAGAGAAACGGAAGGAACCACCGAAUGUCUACCUCGAACACUACCUCAAAUCAUCAAAAUAUCUCUAUGAUAGCAAUGCAACAUAUCCAAUUCGCAUCAGCCACAGCAAUCCACAAAAUUUGUCCAUUGAAGCCCUGGAGAUAUUCUAUCGAAUCACAGCAGCAAUCAUUAAGUAUCUGGAGCAGCAUCGAACAGUAACGCGAGAAGUUGGGAAGCUAUUCAAUAAAGUUCUGAAGCAGCUGGCAAAUAGCCCCUUUAUGUUCAAUCAGGCAAAAUUGGACAAUAGUAGCUUGAAUGCAUUAAAACGGCAGAAAAUUGCUACUGCAGCUGGCAAUGAGAAUGCAAAACGACAAAAAUUAGAUGAAACUCCUGCUGGUGAUGCAGCUCUUGAGGCAUCAACACCAAUGGAAGUUACCUCUGAGGAGCCAAAGGAGCAAUCCGCAGUUGAAGUGAAGUCAAAAGAAUCAACAGCGGAGGAAAAUGGGGCAAAAGAUGAGGCAACUGAUGUGUGUAGUACACCAAAGCAAGAGAGUGUUGAAGGGAAUAAACAGAAGGAAUCAGCUUCAGAUGAAAAUAUCUCGAAGGAAGUUGCCAAUAAAGAAGACAUCCCUGCAACUCAUAUCAGAAGGAGUUCGCAAGAAUCAACCGCAACAUCGGUGACGACAACCACAACAACAGGAACAACGGGAACUUCAAGUUCAUCUUCUAGUUCUUCCUCUGAAUCCGGAAGUAGUGACUCUGAAUCGGAUUCUGAAUCAUCUACUGAUGAUGAACAAAAGAAAAAUACGCCACUUACGGAUGAGCAACUUGAAGUCAUCUACAGAGGUUGUGUGAAGAAUUUCGAGGAGUGUCUUGCACGUUUUCCUGAGCACUUCAAAUCAGUCCAUCGGCUGGUGCAUCACUUUCUAACUGCUCCGGAGAAAUUGCGCUCCAUGGAAAAGGCCAAACAACUCCUUCUUGGUACGUACACAACAACACUUGGAAAUCGAAUUCAAGGGCUCUUUGUGGAUCGCAAAGCAAAUAAUUUCUUCAAUGGUAUCUGGAGGAUUCCGUCGUCGGAAAUUGAUCGCCCUGGAAGCUUUGCCACACACUUGUCGAAAUGUAUCAUUGUUCUUAUGGAUGUCCUCAAGGCGAUUUGCGAUCACAAGAUUCUUUUUGAAUUGGCGUUGCAGCUGCAACGAUCCCCAGAAGCGGAUAAGAAGUAUAUCAAAGAUACGGAAAGGAAGGAAUUGUUUCAGCAAGCAGUAUCCUUCUGUGUUCAAUCAUUCAGGAGUCUGCUGAAGAAGCAUGGAACGGACGAGAGGAAUGAUGGAAAGUUGCUGGAUCUCAUCAUUGAAAUCUACACAACACAUCGAAAAUGCAUAAAGCACAUGCAACAGAAGGAAAGUAUCUUCCUAGGGGUACUUGUGGAUGCAUACAAGUGCUACAUUCAGGAUAAGAUUGCUAAACUACCGGAAAAUGUCAGUUUGAGUGAUUUAGCUAUAAAGCUGUGUGUGCAUGAGAUUAAUCACAGGAGGGCUCAGGAGAAACAGACGGCAUUACCCGCGGCACCACCUGUGGCAGCUGCUGCUGAAUCUGGUGAUGGUAGGGAUAGUUCUCUUCCAUCUGGUACAACCUCGACAAAGAUUACGGCAACUAUGGUGACUACGUCAGUUACAACCUCGACUCCCAAAUCAACUUACAUUCCAGGCGUGUCGAGACCUCGAGGACGGCCUGCAGGCAGCAAAAAUACAUCAUCACCAUCAACGUCCACGUCAAUGGUGAAUCCCCUGUUGGACCCUCAAGUAGCCACAUUGAUGGCAAUGUACACCAAUCCGGCCAUUUUCACAUCUGCUGGCUUUGGAUCCAGCGCUGAGCCAGCUGUAAAUUCAUUUUUAGCUGAAUACUACAAGAUGGUGCUCUCACCACCGAUUGGCAUGUUGCCCGGACUCCCGUCUUUACCGAAUCCUCUUAUGGGUAUGGGUGGAAUGAAGAUGAAUUCACUCGCAUCGAAACUUCCAUCUGGGACGACACUUCAACCGCAGAUGACGACAAAAACUUCCAAAUCCGCGUCAUCUCCGCAAAUACCUCAAGUCGACAUGAAGAGCAUCAUUGCUUCGGCAGCAAGUAUGGUUGCAUCAAGCGGAAAAUCUACUUCAAGCACAAUUAAUCUCGGUGGCGGGCAGUUAACGAUCACUCCGACACAGCAGUGUCUCACAAAGGAGCCCCUCAAAGUGGCGGAGUCUAGCAAAGGAGCAUCAAAGCCAAGUUACGCACAAGAAGUCAUCAAUUCGGUUGCUAAUAAGAUUAAAAUGCCCUCAAUGGGAUCUCGUCUAUCACUCCCAGCUGAAUUGCCAAAAUCUCUCACAAUCACCCCAUCAGUUGAUCCCUUGAAGCGAUCAGCUAGUCUCGAUGGAUCGCGAGGGGGGGAUACUUUUACCGCACUCCCGGCGAGUCAAACGCCAAAAGCCAAGUCAGCAAAGAAGCGUUCUCGUGCUAAUCCUAAUCCCUAUGCUAGACCACCAUCGUCAUCAAUACCGUCAAUCUCUGCAAUGAGCCAGUGGGGUUUAAGUUCGGCUGACUUUAAAGGGCUAAGCAUGGCGAGUCAGUCUGAGAUGUUGAGACUGCAGACAUACCGAGAUUCUUACCUGGCCUUCCUCAGCAAUCCAAAGGAAACUUUCUCACCAACACCAGCUGUUCCCACCAAGAAGACAUCAACGCCACGCUCAAGGGAGACAACUCAGGUGAUUUCAACGCAGAAUUUGAUCACCUCGAGUAAGAUUAGUCAGUCAAAGGUGGACAUUCCCAAGACAUCACUCCCGAAUUUCUCCCUUCCGCCACUGCCAACAUCUCCGGCACUCUCUAUUUCACCCUCCAAAUCACCCCAAAUCCCCCUCACGCCGCCAAUUGUGAAUUCUCCCACGAAGACACUGCAGCAAAAGCUGGCUGAACGUCAAAAGGCCAAUGCAUCACUCAAUGAGAAUAAACAAACUACAAAAGCAGCCAAUGCACCGCGACGUCCACAUCCUGAUGAUGAUGUCAUUGUGCUGGACUGACGUUAAACUCACAAUACGAGUGCAAGACACCUCGUUGGAUUAAUUUAUUCAAUUCAUUUUCUAGAAAAAAAAAACUUUUGGGCUUACAAAUGAAGAACUUAACUAUACAAGAGAUCUCUGACAAUAGUAUGAGAUAUUAUUUUCUUUUGUAAAGAUCGUAUUUUAUCAUUCUUGAACUCAAAAACACCUCGAUAUGUACAUAAUAAAAUCGAGUUAAUCUUGUGACUGUAACCAGUCCAAAGCUCUUGUCCAAAAUGUUCAGUGGAUUUAUUCAACAAAGGCUUAUUUUAUGUAGAAAAAAAAACUUGAGGCAUUUUCCCACGCAACAUCGAUACGGUAGGUAUGUAUGUAUAAUAGAAAACUCAACGGCAACACAUUGAUUUUCUUAUUAUAAAAAAAAUAAACAUUGAUAAUAAAUUAAAACAAUAUUACAAAAUGAUCACACA